AUGGAGUACACGUGGACGCUGGUGUCUAACACUGACGAUCAAGGUUUAGGCAGCGAAACAAGUCUGUUGAAUUGUAAUGUUCAAGGACCACACUCGGGUCAAAUAUUAAUACUCUCGAACGAGUCCAGUACCCAAGCCAUACAAAAUCAAGCUUUACCCGAUAUUACAAGUCCUCUGGAAAAAGAUUAUGGGACGAGCCGGAUACACUCAAACGAGCCCAGGAAACUUCAUCUCAUGCAUAAUAGGAGUGAUUUUGUAGGUGGUAUUGACAACGAAGCUUUGGAUUUCAGUCAUUUGACUGACGAGUUCAUUCAAAAUAAUAAUACAGAAGCCAAUCAAUUCUUUCACGAAACCGUCGACCAAAACGAUCACGUGAUGGUUCGAAUAAACACACCAUAUCAACAAGAGCCACCUCAGCUUUUCUUGAAAAGCGCAUCGAUACCGCCGAUCGCCGACUUGUCAUUCCACAGUAAUACUGUUUUGUCCAAUGCCGGUCUGCCUAGUAAGCCGGUCAAGGAUAAGUCACACAAUUACACCAACAGGCACAACUUACCAGAAAGUCCGCCAGACUCUGAGCCACCAUAUUCGCCAGCCGAUGGCGUUGGCCAAUCUCCACAUCGAAGAACGCCUAAUUUGCAAUGUCUCAUAUCGGCCAACAAGGGUCAAAUACCAAUGAACCCCGGGACCACUGGGCUCUAUCAGAAACAAAUCGUAACCACUAAAAUUCCACACCCGUUGUCCGUCCAACCUUUGUUGAUAAACCAACCAGGAUCGUCGUCCCACGUCACACAUUUAGAUUUUAAUCAAAUGCCUAACGCGAGGGAAAUCGAAAUACCCGAACCCGAAUACACGGACUUGUUGAACGUAACUGUGACGGAAAAGAAGCGAAAACUUUGUGCGGACAUUAUUGGAGGAAGUACCGGUGGUAGCAACGUCCGCGUCAAAAAAGAAACCGAAAAUUGCGUGAAAAAACCCAUAACUCACGUGUCGCCGUCGGGAAGAUCGGUUUGUAGCGAAGACAGUUACACGUACCAGGAUAGCUGCGAAUCGGGUUUGUAUAACGACACGAGUUUUCAGUGUAUCCGAUUCCAACCAUUCCAAGAAUCGUCAUGGAACACUCUGUGCGAUCAUUCUUUAAAGGAACUGCCAAUACCACAUUAUAGAGUGGAUGCGGAUAAAGGCUUUAAUUUUUCCAACGUCGACGACGCAUUUGUGUGUCAAAAGAAAAAUCAUUUUCAGAUCACAUGUCAUACACAACUGCAAGGCGAUGCACAGUUCGUAAGAACCACUGAAGGAAUUCAUAAAGUCGGCAGUUUCCAUUUACACUUUUACGGUGUUAAGGUGGAAUCGCCUGGUCAAACAAUUAAAGUAGAACAGUCUCAGAGUGACAGAAGCAAAAAAGCGUUUCACCCAGUUUUGCUGGACUUGCGCGAAGAACAAGUGUCCAAGGUGACGGUGGGCCGAUUGCAUUUCAGCGAGACCACCUGCAACAACAUGAGGAAAAAAGGAAAACCGAACCCGGACCAGAGGUACUUUUACCUGGUGGUGGGCCUGCACGCGCACUGUAUCAACGACCACGACUAUCCGAUCGUCUCGUACGCAUCCGAGCGGAUAAUUGUCAGGGCUUCGAAUCCGGGCCAGUUCGAGAGCGAUGCGGAACUGUGCUGGCAACGGGGCACCACGCCAGAGUCGAUUGUCCACACCGGCAAGGUGGGCAUCAACACGGACCGGCCGGACGAGGCGCUGGUCGUCCAUGGAAACGUCAAGCUCACGGGACACAUCAUUCAACCUUCAGACAUCAGGAUCAAACAACACAUACAAAAAUGCGACACAAGCGAGCAGCUGCGUAACGUGCAGAAAAUAAACGUGGUUCAUUUUAGCUACAAACCGGAAUUUUCGUCGUUGUUCGGGUUGUCUCUGAAGGAAGCUGACACCGGGAUCAUAGCACAGGAGGUGCAAGCCGUUUUGCCAGAAGCCGUCACCAACGCCGGUGGCAUAGCGCUGCCCAACGGAAUUGUGUACGACGACUUUUUGGUCGUGAACAAAGAUCGGAUCUUCAUGGAGAAUAUCGGAGCUGUAAAAGAACUGAGCAAGAUCACCACCCAUUUGGAAGCUAGAAUAAGUGAGCUCGAACAGGAUCACAAGCGCUGUUUGCUGUUAGCAGACAAACAUCCGGGUAUAGCGCUAUCGGAUUUAACCACCACGACCUAUUCUAGCAAGCACAACGAUUACGAUUCCAGUGUCGAAAAACAUAAACUGUUAAAACCAACGAGUUCGAGUGAUGUUAACUGUGGGAAAUUUGUGCAAAUUUCCAUUAUCUCUCUUACUGUGGUUAUCGCGAGUUGUUUGGUUUUCAUAACUGGACUAUUUUUUAUGGAACACCAUUCCAGAAGUCAACUCACAUUCACAAGUGAACAUGAGCUCAUCGUCAAACCGUUGAAUAUAAAUGCAAUUCAGGCCCACGAGAGUGUUGUUCAGCCGAAGGACACCGGUCAAUUACCGUUGGAAAUAGACGGGUUUUUCGACAAAGACAAACAUUUGACCUGCAUGCGGCUUAGGCGACUUGUAACCAACAGCAUGAGUUGUGAAUACGACAAGAUCAAAACAAAAAUGAAUAAAAUCGCCGAUAAAAAAAAGGAAGAGAGCAAAAAUGACGAUGAGUUCAUACGUUUUAUCGUCAAAAUCGACCGUGUAAUUGACAUCGUGUACAAGGACGUCACGAUCGGCGUGUAUGGCAGUUACAGUAACUUUACGGCGGAAGCCAACGUGACGGACGAAUGUGGCCGGUCGGAACUUCUCCAACAAUGUAGCGACAAGUCGCUGUUCGUGUACGGGUUCCAACUUCCGGUCACCAAACAACUUACCGACUAUUUUAUAAGCGUAUCUUAUCGCAUAAGCAAAGGCAGCCUGAACAGUUGUCCGACCAGCAUGUCCGUGUCGACGACUUGUCCGUCGGACCCGUACACCAGUCUGUGGGCGCUGAACGGCACUCGACGGAAUCCGUCAGAAACUUCAUACGAUUGGCAGACCGACAAGUAUUCAGUUUCCGAAGACUCGGAAUCGGUUACCGUAGUCGUCCGGUACAAGCCGUGGUCGUACGAAAAGUUGAAGGGGUCAUGCAGGUCACCGGAAGACAAACGGACCUUGGCCAUCGUCGAGUACACCAUCUCUCUGCACAAGGAUUUCAGCGAGAUCGUGUGA